AUGAAGAAGCAACAACAGGAAAUGGUCCAGGUCGACCGCUCUGCUUCAAACUCUCCCUUCUGGCGCACCACCUCCAACACGUCGAGCGCAUCGACACAAAGCAAGAAGGUUAUCGGCGCAUCCUACUCGCAUGCCGACAUACUCAACUUCAAUGCUCUAAACGUCUCCAGCACCAGUUCUCGCCCUCGCACGCCACCAUCAGCUGGCCAUAGUCGCGAGUCUAGCGCUGCGCCGCACCGAACAAGUAGCAACAUCUCGCCACGACCUAAUCGCGAGACAUACAGUAGCUUUCUGCGGCAGUCCAACAAUGAUUGGGGCGCCAGCGAAGACGAUGGCGACAUCAUGUUCGAGGACGAUGAAGACGAGUUUGGUCUCCCCAGCAUAGCCAAUGCGCGAAGAAAGGGGCGGCGGAAAGACCCAUCGAGGGAUAAAGACCUAGGAGGGACCUACGCCCACACCAGAAACGGGCUUGGGUCUGCAGGUUCAACGGCAUGGCGAAGCAUAGACAGCGGUGACAUUGCUGAAGAGCGAGGCAUCCCUAGCUACCCCACAGCCAAGAAGAUCGAAGGCAAAAUACUCAGACCGCAGUAUCAGGAGAUACUGCGCGACCCAGCGAACUCCAUGCAUCUUAUCGAGCAUCCGUCCGUGGCCCCCAAUGCGACCGCGAAGCAAAUCGAAGAACACUCGGCUCGAAUCACCCGAAUAAACAAAUUCAAGAGGAUAUUGCAGGCAAGCACAAUAUCACUGUCAGAUUUGCGCGACUCAGCGUGGUCAGGGGUGCCCUCAGAGGUGCGGGCAAUGACGUGGCAGGUUUUGUUAGGCUACCUGCCUACAAGUAGCGAACGAAGAGUAGCGACAUUAGAGCGCAAAAGGAAAGAAUACCUCGAAGGCGUUCGUCAAGCCUUCGAGAAGGGUACGUCCGGUAGCUCUGGCGCCGUUGCGGCUGGCAUGGCAGGCGCCUCUUCCUAUCCAUCGACCAUUCGAGGGCGUGGACGGGGCCUGGACGAAGCUAUCUGGCAUCAGAUCAGCAUCGAUGUACCGCGUACGAACCCUCAUCUCGAGCUCUACAGCUAUGAGGCGACGCAAAGAUCAUUGGAAAGGAUUCUCUACGUCUGGGCGAUACGGCAUCCCGCUUCCGGCUACGUGCAGGGUAUCAACGAUCUUGUCACGCCGUUCUGGCAAGUUUUUCUUGGUGCUUAUAUCUCAGAUCCUGAUAUCGAAUUUGGAAUGGACCCUGGGCAGCUGCCCAAACAAGUCCUUGAUGCGGUCGAAGCUGACUCCUUUUGGUGCUUGACAAAGCUUCUCGACGGAAUACAAGACAAUUACAUCGCCCAUCAGCCAGGAAUCCAGCGACAAGUAGCGAGCUUACGAGAUCUCACCACGCGUAUUGACGAUGGUCUGGCAAAACAUCUGCAGAAUGAAGGCGUCGAAUUCAUACAGUUCAGUUUUCGGUGGAUGAACUGUCUGUUAAUGCGCGAGAUUUCUGUCAAGAAUACUAUCAGGAUGUGGGACACGUAUCUGGCUGAAGAAGACGGUUUCUCAUCCUUUCAUCUUUAUGUGUGCGCAGCAUUCCUCGUCAAGUGGUCUGACCAGCUACGUAAGAUGGACUUUCAGGAAGUCAUGAUGUUCUUGCAAUCACUGCCGACGAAGCAAUGGACCGAGAAGGACAUUGAACUGCUUUUGAGUGAGGCUUUCAUUUGGCAGAGUCUAUUUAAGGGAAGCGGUGCGCAUUUGAAAAACACGAGCUCAAGAGGGGUUGGCAUGGGUCCUGACUUCUAG